UUUUAUUUAGGUGUAGAUCAGCAACAUACCUAAGAUUAAAACCUAAAAGCUAAAUUUUCAUAAUAAAAAUGAGUACAAUGGAUGAAAUUGAGGAAGAAUCAAGAGCUGCCGCUGAAAAAAUGGUUAUGAAUAUGAUGCAAAGACCAGGACAAUUAGAAAAGGUUGAACAAUAUAAAAAAAGAAUAACACACAAGAAAGCAUCAAUCGAAGCACAAUUGAAAUCUGCAGUUCAAGGAAAACUUGAUGGAGUUAGAGUUGGCUUAAGGCAGUUACAAGAAUGUCUGGAUGAUGUUAAACAAACCAAUUUAAAAAUGGAUGAAUUAGAAGACCUAUUAACUGGUGUUCCACCUUUAGUGGCCUCAUUGCAAGCAGUAAGGGAAGAAGAUUCACGUCAUUCCCAGUAUGUGACAGCCAUGGAUAGUUUAAAACAUAUUUUUACAGUUCCUGAAAGUGUUGCCAAAACAAAACAAUGGAUUGGAGAAGGAAAACUGUUGCAUGCUCAUCAGUGCCUAAGUGAUUUGGAAAACUCAAGAGAUGAUUUACUAUAUGAACUGCAUAGAUUACCCAAUCAAUCUUCCCACGACAAAAUUAUGCUUAAAGCGUACUUUGAAGAUGUUGAGAUGGUUUCAAACUUGCUUGAGAAGCAGAUUAAGCUAAUUUUAGCUAGAACAUUGAACACGGUUCGUAAGGAGCCUACAGUUAUUGUGACGGCUCUUAGAAUUAUAGAAAGAGAGGAGAAAAGAGAUCAAAUGGCAAUUCAGCAACAAGAUCAGUCUGGUUUCAUGCCACCCGGGAGACCUAAAAACUGGCGUACAAAAUCAUUCGAAGUACUGGAAUGUGCUGUUGCACAACGUGUAGAGGGAACUCGUGUGGAUGAGCGCGAAGACAACAAGCUGUGGUUGAUACGCUACCUCGAGCUGACGAGGCAGCUGAUAUUGGAGGACUUGAGAGUCGUCAAGACGUUAUGCGUCCCGUGUUUCCCGCCGCACUAUGAUAUUGUCAAUAAAUAUGUGAAUAUGUACCAUACAUGUUUGUCUUCUAGUUUACAAGACAUAGUUCAGAAUGGCUUAGAAGGUAAUGAAUAUGUUACUCUAUUGUCCUGGAUUCUGAACACAUAUCCUGGUACAGAGCUGAUGGGCAGUCCAGAGGUCAACGUCGAUGUUUCCAUACUACCUCCACUUCUAAGCGAAGAGGUCAUGCAAAAAUUGCAAGAUGAAUACCUGCAGAAAAUGGAGUCGAACUACAUGGAGUGGAUGGAGAAGACGCUGGAGUCGGAGCGCGCGGAGUGGGCGGGCGAGCGCUCGCCGGACGUGGAGCCGCACACCAGCGCCUUCCACACGCACGCGCCCGUCAUCAUCUUCCAGAUGAUCGACCAGAACCUGCAGGUCACCGAGACUAUAAGCAAGGAGAUCACCUUCAAAGCCCUGCUGCUGAGUAUAGAUCAAGUGACGCGCUUUGGAAAUAUGUAUAGAGAGGGUGUCAUACAGUUCAAGAACGCGCACUUCGCGGACCGCUCGCGCGUGGCGUACUUCACGCACCACAUGAUCACCAUCGUCAACAACAGCGAGCAGAUGGUGCGGCUGGCGCAGCAGACGCAGAGCCGGCGCUGGCCGCCCGCGCUGCACCACCCGCCCGCCGAGCGCAGCUUCCAGCGCCUGCUCGACACCUUCCAGAGUUUAAGAGAUGAAGCCGCCAAGUUCCUUUUGGAGGAGGCUUUCCUGGAUUUGGAAGAACAUUUCGACGAUCUAUUCACCGCCAAGUGGCUCACUUCGAGUAUACCGGUGGACACGAUCUGUGUCACGCUCGAAGAUUAUUUCCAGGACUACAACCAUUUGAGAGAGAAAAAUUUCGAGUAUGUCAUAAACGAGGCGCAGAAUCUCGUUUAUAAAAAGUAUAUAACGGCGAUGUUAUCGAAGAAGAUAACGUUUAAAACCGUCGACGAAGCCCAACAAGCCGCCACGAAGAUCGUGAAGGAAGCGAAUCAGAUAAGAUCAUUCUUCAGAAGAAUUGCGUUGAAUGCAGAAGGUGUUAAUGUCGAUUGGCCGUUUGAAGUUAUCAGUGUGCUGGCCGAGGUUUUGCGUUGUCAAGAUAUCGAGAUGCUCUCGUUGGACCUCCACGGGCUGCUGGAGAAGUGCCCGGACGUGUCGGAGGAGCAGCUGGUGCGGCUGCUGGCGCUGCGCGGGGACGUGCCGCGCGCGCACGUGCGCGACACCGUGACGCACGUGCGCGCCGCCCGCCAGCCGCGCGCGCAGCCGCACCCCGCCCUGCCGCAGCUCUUCAAGAACAUCACCUUCAACGACCGCCUUCUGUCGCACUUCACGCUCUAGGCUUCAUGUAACUACGUGAAGGUCUCCUCGCAUCCGCCGGCCUGACCCAGCACCGCUUGACACGAUACCGUUGGAAAUUAUAACGUUUAUAAUUAAUGUAAAUUAUACCUUAAAACUAUAAAAUGUUUUACGAUCAGAAUCAUGUUUAUUAUUAUUGUAGUAAGGAGUCAUCGUGAUGUAUCAGGACUAGAGUUGUCAGGCACUAAAAUACAAUCGUCGCAAUAAGCAUUGAUUUAGACCGAUAUAAUUAUACCAAAUAUGUGGCCAAACACGCUCGUAAACAGACAAACAUGUAACAUGUCCUAGUGAGGCCAGACACCUGGCAACUCUGGUAAAAUCCGGCCGAAUCACGACAAAGUCUGUAACUCUGGUAUUAUUUAUAUCA